CUUCGUGAUGCAUUCUGUAGUCGGAUCCAUCUUUCUUGCAUAGAUUGGCCACCAAAGCCUACCGUUCGGUUUUCGGAUUCAUCGUUAAAGCCUGAGAAUGAGAAAACCGGAGCGAAAUAAGAUUGAAAGUGAACAAGUCGAGAGAACUCUUCGUGUGAAGUGAGUGACAGACCCUGAUGCCCUGAAAGUUCGCGUAUCUUCCCCGUGAAAGGAUUGAAAAUUGAAUAUUACUGGUAGCCAAAACCUAGAGGAUGAAUGUAUGUGUAGCUCGGGAAUAUAUUUUGUAUGACAAUACUGCCCGUCGGCAGUAAUAUAAGGAGGUAACCGGACUCCACCUGCCGCCGGUUUGCGAACUGGAUAAAACUGGGAUCACCCUUCCGGCGGUCUCGGCAUACAAAAAAAAAGCUAGGGCCAGGGUGGAGUGCAUGAAUCAUGAAAACAUUUUUUGUUUCGACUCUGGGACUGGGUAUCGCUCCGUUUUACGAUAUUACCAACAGACAGACUGCCACGCACUCGCAAGUUUCUAAUACUAAUAAAAAUCGAUAGAAUUCGACUUCGAAGCUUGAAAAUGAAAUUGAAUCUUCGAUAGCAACAUUUCAUCAUAGCCAAAGAAGAUACAACUGGCUAGGACUCCAUCUCGGUCGACAGGCAUCCUGCUCUCCCAGAGGAGGCGUGCUCGGGACUUUUCCUCUUUUCCGUCGAAAAAUUUUCGACUAGAAGAACGAUAGGAGGGACAUCAAGUCCUCGUCCUCACCGGAUACUUAGCAUCAAACGUCUUCUGAACAUGAUCGCGGAGGAACAAAUCAGAAACGAAGCAAGAUAGCAACGCUCGUCUGCGGUGAAAAGAAUCACGGGUACGAAAGCAUCGUAUCGUUAGCAGAGGUACCAGCAGAAACUGUAAAGAAGAGCAGAACAUCUCCCUGUUGUUCUUGUUCCGACCUUCGUGUCGUUAGACCUUAUCCUUAGCAGAACAUCUUCCUGUUGUGUUAGGUCCGUCGACGACUGCAGGUUGCUACCCCGUUAGGUCGGCGACCUCUCCAGAGAGAAAAGAACGGCACAGAGCUAAAUCAACGCCGACAGUUUUAUUUUACUAGCAAGACGCCACAAAUGAAAAUCCGAAGAAACAGGUCCGCUCCUGCAUAGCAGUAACAACGUCUUUCUUGUUACAUCAACACGCAAUAGCAAGAUUAUUACGACUUCUGGACGAUUUUGAUUACGGCAACAAGUGGCCUGGUCCAGUACCAGUGCUUACGACGUGGAGGGCCGUGAACAAAUAGAUCUAGAAGAUCUCUGCCAACGAAGCCAAAAAUGCCACCAAAAGCGAAGCCAAAAGCAGCCGCAGGUGGCGGAGAGGACGAAACAUGGGACAACUUCCAAAAGUUUUACACAAAAGCAAUGAAAACGUAUUCAUAACCGGUAGUUGAUAUGUCCGCUAUGUAUCGUCUAACAUCACCAUCAUAACCGGUUGAUUUUCCCUCGUAGUGAGUGUGAGUCGUAGUGUUACCUCCCUUCAUGUGAUGUUGACAUAAGUAAGUAAGUAAGUGCCUCUGACUUCUCGCCACGACCUCGCGAGGACAUCCCUCUACUCAACAUCAAACAUCACGACAAGGUACAACCUCCAAAGGGGUCCCGACGUCGACAAGAUAAUGGAAAAAUUUGACGAGGGCAUGGAUCCCCUUCAGAUAAGAUGGAACUUUACAGAGCCAUUAGACAACAUGGGUUUCAAAAUACUCAUGCAGUGCCUUAGGGAAGCAGAGUACUGCUACUGAAUUGAUGUUUUUUCCGCGAUGAAGAAGACUUUCAUUUUUGAUGAUGAGUUCUACGAGUCUUGCGCACGUACAAAUACUACCCGCCGUCUUAGAAACGGCCCAACUCAAAUUCACUGAUGCAUAAAGACAGCUACACUUAAACACAGCUACACAGGAUCUAGGAUUUUUAGCAAGUUUCUUUCCAAUGCCAGCCCACUUCUCCGUUCACACAAACUGUCGAUACCAGGUACAAGAAGAUAACCAAUAUUCGGUUAUGGAAGUGUGAUCCGAAGGGUGACGAGUCAGUGCGAUCAGUAUGCGAGUACCUAGAGUCACCGAAUGGGGUCGUCGUAGAGGACCUCCAGUUCACGGACAACAACAUAACAGACUUGGGAUGCGAAUUCCUUGGUACCGUUAGAGUUGGAUUCGUUCCUUGCUCUUUCUUUCACAAUAGUAUGAUGAACUUGAACAUGAAUUAGAAACGAACGCUCAGAAUUUUGAACAACUCCGAUGAACAAUCCACCAUCAAACCCAAUUUAUUCUCAUCUUCAUGACAACAUUUCGAUUUUGAAAUAGGAAUUCGUCUUUCAACAUUACCAUGCCCUGCCCUCAUUCCCUGCCGCCGAGCGCUAGACCAGAAGGAAUGAGGGGAGGGCAUGGUGAAGGAACAUAAUCAACAUGUAUCUUCUAGAACAUCGUCACCAAUCAGCACGAUGACAUUUAUGCUCCUUCACCAUGCCCUCCCCUCAUUCCUUCAGGCCUAGCACUCGGCGGCAGGGAAAAAGUUGCGGGAAAAAUACAACUCGUUCCACCAGUGUCGUAUUUGCGACUCGACUAUAACCACAUAGGAGCAAAAGGCGUGCAAAAGCUGUCAUUAGGACUGGCACAGAAUAAGGUACUACUAACUUACCGACUUGCUGUGUGUACUUUGCAGGUGAUACAACAGGACCAGGCGAACGAGUUUCUUAUCAGUAUCACGGUGCCUACAACUACUACUACAACACGCUUCUCGAGUACUGAAAGUAACACCUUACAUUUUUUACCAAAAUAAAUCCUUCCACUUUCAUAGUCGAGUAAAAAAUCCUUACCACGAAUACACCACGACCACAGACCCUCCGCGCCUUGUCCUGUCAAUACUGUGCGAUAGGACCCGAGGGCGGGCAGCCACUCGCCUGUAUACUAAUGUAUAGGGAGAGUGAGAUGGAGCAAUUUCUUAUGCGUGGAAACGAGUUAGGAGAUAUGGGAGCCCUAGCGUUACUUCGUGGUGUCAGGAGGAAUCAGAAGCUUAAGCUUCUCGAUGUAAGCGACAAUAAGUUCACAGAAAAACCGGAAAUUCUCGACGUCCUCUUGGACUGCUUCCAGAAUAAUCUAUGUACUAUAUGUAGAUGAUGAAGAUACAACUUCAACUAAGUACUUACUUAUUUUUUCACUUCUUUUUAGUCUUUGUGUUUGUCUUCUACCACAGUACGAGUACCUACUUGCUCGAAGUGUAUCAUUCACCUUCCACACCACAGUGCUCGAAGUGUAUCGAUUAGUGGGGAACCAGAUAUCGGACGUUGGUGCGCAGAAGCUAAUUCACGGCAUGAUAGGGAUGAGCCAUUUGAAGGAAAUCCAAGUCCCCGAAAGUUAAAGCUCAAAACUCUUCAUUUCUACCAGCCAUUUCUCAUUCUCUCCAUUUCCUUCUUGGAAUUGGGCUUGGGAGAAAUGUUAAUCUACGCAAGAAGAAAUGAAGUGUUUUGAGCUGCUCUAAGAAAGGUGUUCCCAGUCAACCUACGAAGCGCUCGAACAAGCCUUGGGAGGAGGCAAAAAGAAAAAAGGCAAGAAAGGGAAGAAGAAGUAAACUUGGUGCGAAGAAGAAGAGGAGGUCACGGAAUUCUUGUGCAUCUUGAUCGAUGUCAAGAUCGAGUCUAAGUUCUAUGGAUUUCGAUUUUUAGCUUUGGUUCAACAGAUAACGAUUCUUCACGGCCGAUUUCUUGAAGCAUUCUUGAUGGAAACCCGUUCUUGAUUCUUAUUGAUUCUUUCACUACGAGAAAAGCAAGCUGAGGAGAGUCAGCACCAGAGGCUGAUUUCCUGAAGUACCCGUCUUGUUUACACAAUCAUGUGGAUGAUAUUUGUCACAAUGUGGAUGUGCGAUGAUUCAGAGUUGUCCUACGCGACAAAAAAAGUGAAUGGGAGGACACAGACUAGAGCUGCAGCCGUGUGUCUUCGAAUUCACUCUGAUGUACGUCUUUUCUUAUAAUAA